ACCCUCAGCAGACUACGGGGGCGUCUUGGACUUUCCCGAAAACUCUCCGUGUCGAAAGAGACGUUGCGGGGUGUAAAUCUCUCUUUAGGUUUCAUACUAUGACACGCGAGACGGGCGAUAGUGCGCUGAGUGACGCAGACCAGCGCAGAGAUAUCCCUCCUUCAUGAUGUUGCGUGUGUCCGGCUGACGAACAGAAUCUACAACAGAUAGAGCGAAAGAAAGGAGGGCACCAGGGCCGUUGAUUUCGUUUCACUCGUGGCCUCGCAGCGAAGAUGAAGAGACCGGCGACGUUGUUUCUACUGCUUUGGGUCAACUUUGAAGCGAACUCCGGAACAGCGGCCUCAGUUGUACAUUUAAGAAAUGGCGCACACUCAAGGAUGUACAGGAGAGAAGUCUACGACAGCUCCAGCAGGGUGUUGCAGAUAUCUGGUCUUGAGGCUACGGUUCACGGUGGCAAUCGAGCGACCGUCAAGUGGGACAAUGCGACGGGCCCCGUCACUGGCUACAACAUGACGGUGUGCCUUGUGACUGAUUCGUCCAGAUGCGAGUCAAUGAUAACUGAAAAGACAAGCCACAAUCUUCAUCACCUCGCGUCUGGUAGAACCUACCAGGUCAACGUCCACGCCUACGUCGAAGUAGCUGGCGACACCACGAACGGCCGAAGCGAAAGAAUCUUCUUCACGACAACGAAACUCCCAACCGUGGAGCACCUUGAAGCUACGCAGAUGGGACCCACAUCAGUUGAACUCAAAUGGGUACCCAGCCAAGAUGCCGCAUCGCACUUUGACAUCGACGCCUGUCCUUCGGACGGAGGGGCUUGCGUUCACGGUUACACACCCAAUGUGACCCACAUCCUCGAAGACCUGACGCCAGACACGAACUACGAGAUCAAAGUUCGUAGCGCCACCGAAGAAGAAAAGGAGCUAUCGUUCGGUCCUGCAUCUACGGUCUCCGCUACUACAAGUGGGCUGCCUGCAGUUUCUGACGUCGUUGUCAGGGCGACUUGCGACAGUUUCAUCGUCACAUCCUGGAACUAUUCCGUCGAAGGCAUCACUGGUUUCUUGCUGAACCUGUGUGCCGAAGGCCGGAACUGUAUGACACGUUCGGUCGACAAAGACGACCGGGAGCACACGUUUCGGGUGGACGCCGUACUUCGUUCAUACACGCUGUCUAUAGAGGCGUACCUGUGGAGAGGGAACGCCAAACGCUCAAGCCCUGUCGUCAAUCAGUCUGUCACUUCAUUUCCCGAAGUUCCCAGGCUCGACAGACUCGAAGUCGAGGCAAUCUCGCCCAGUCAAAUUAGGGCCAGGUGGACGAACGGCUUCGACGUGGACGUCCGCAUACAAGUCUGUGUGGCUCAGACGGCGAAAAGGAACUGCGUCAACUACGCAGCGCACGGCACACAGCUGGGUUACACGGUCAGCGGUCUGUCACCCAGUACGAAGUACAGCGUAGAGGCGACCGCGGUCGUCAGUCUUGGCGUGGACACGUGCCUCGGCCUUGCCUCAACGAGAGAAGUGACCACGCUUACAGAAGCUGUAUGUAGGUAUGACGACGAGAUGAAGCAAACAAUCGGGGAGAUCUCCAACAACGUGAGAGCGCUGGUUCGACGGCGAAACCGGGUAGACGCGAAGAGGAAAGACGAUGCGAUUGGCGCGAAGUGCGAAAUCAUAGAGGCCAAGCUCAGGACCUUGCCAGAGAAGGACGUGAACGACUGCCUCGAUGACAUUGACAACCUCAUAGAGACCUACAAGAGAAAAACAGCCGACCUGAUUUCACAAUAGGUUUCAUCGAAUCUCCGCCACCGUUCUCUUUGUUUCUUCUUUCUAUUAUGCUUGUCAUAAAGAUUGUUUUACCAACUUG